UGUUUUUUUAAUAAAUUUAUUUGAAGUUACAAAUAUUGUACGUAUUUUCUAUAAGUCGGGUCAAACUCGUGGCACGAAAACCUAAAACAACACUUAAUUUGGGAUGGAGAGAGUACGUGGCUACUUGAAACUAGCUGGCGAUCAGUCAUAUAAUUUGAAUUUUAUGCUGAUGAUAACCUUUUCUAAAUAAGGAUUAAUUUUUAUAUGGCUUUAGAGUUGUUUUGUUCAGAACCAUAUUUCUAAUUAGACUAUUUACAAAACUAAAAAACAACUAGAGAAUAAUUUAUGAGAUGAUUUUUUAAGUCUAAUUAGUCCAUAAUUGGAUAUUAAUUGCUAUAGAUACAAAUGUGCUACAGUACCUAUUAAACUUUAUUCUCACCAACCAAACACACCCUAAAUUACUCAACUCAUCUAUUAUAAAAAUAAACUUGAAUAACAUCCGAAUCUACAUCCAAAUGCGAAUAUAUGUUAUAAAAUAAUAACUCAAUAUCUAUACAAUACAUUAUAUAUUUCUAGAUUACUCUGUUCUACGUCUGUUAAAUUAAAAGUAAACAUAAAUACUAUAUGCCACUAGGCUAUGUAAAAAAGUGCACACCCUUGACAAACCACAUGUCAUUUAUUCAUUUUAAAUUAUACUAACAAAUGUGACUUUGUUAACAAUGGACUGUGCAUUGAAUUAUCAAUUUUACGCAAAACAAGUUUUAUGUAAGUCUUUUAUUAAAUAAGGCUAUCUAGAGCACCCUCUCUGGUUGGAAGAAUCUAAAGAUUACCCUAAUCUCAUAGAUUGUGUAAAGCAGUCGAACUCAUAUAGUUGGACAAGCAACCAGAUAUAUGGAUCUUGAAGAACGAGAUAUACUAGGAAAACAAACUAUGUCAUGUAAAGUGAUCAGGACUCUAUCUAUAACCCUACCUUCUGGACUAUAUAAUAAGGCGAGGUAUGGAGCCCCCGAUCGAGAUCUAGAUCAUUGACCAUAGUCCAUAGCAACCCUAGGCAACUAGACAUUAGUGCCUUGUAAGCACCGAGCAUAUGAGAUAAGAGUUCUUCUAUCUACUGGAUGUAGGGUACUAUACUAUCUAAACCUGAAUCAGUACAAUCUGUGUCCCAUGUGCUACCCACCUGAUUCCCUAUGCGUGAUACACUAAUCUUCAUUGUCAGAGUUGACUCCUCCGACACUUCUCUCAGCAACCACUAGCUUGUUUCACCAUACUAUUUUAUGGGAUCUCUGACCACAUAGAACAAGUUACCACUAGGGUAUGACUUCACGUGAGUAUCAAGCUCACCUCCCUCAAUGCACCAUCAAUCACAUUACGUGAUAGUCCCUUUCUAAAUUGAUAUGCCAAAUUCUUAGACAUAUGGGCAUAGUUCAAUACUUUCACUCUAGAGUUUCUUAGCUUUCUAAUAGACUCCAGCUGUCUCUUUAUAUGACUAGUUGAGUUCAUAUUGUCCUUAGGGUUAUUUACUAUGAUGAUCAUUGUUUGAUUGUCAUGGCUCAUGGAAGGCAAAUGUUUUUGAACCACCAGCAAAUACAUAAGGAGUUCAAGAAGGACAUCUACGGUGACAAUGUCUAAUGAAGUGAUUUAUGUUUCCAAUGUCAAACUUGUCAAGAUAGUCUGCAUGCAAGACUUCCAUAAAAUAGUGUCACCUCCAAGCGUAAACAUAUGUUCUCUUGUGGUAUAAAUCUCAUUUUCAAUAAGCUCCUUCAUCUUCAAUAGUUGAGCACUUGCAUCACUUGCCCAAGUCAUCUGUCCUCCAAGGCUUUUUAUGGCUUGCUCAACCUAGUGUGUGGGCGGACUAAACACCUCUUCAUCUCACAUAAAACACAUUAGUCUAUCUAAAGUUCUCAUUCAAUUAUCAAAACCAAAUCAAGGCUUUCAAACCCCAAUGAUGCUUGAUCAACAAGGUGCAUAGCUCUAUGCAGGUCUUGGUUGUCUUCCAUGGUGCAAUCAGGUGCAUGGAGCCCGACCCCAAUAUGUGCUCGUGCCCAUGCAUUGUUGCCAAGAACCUCAACCGGAUCGGCUGACCCUCACAACCAGGACCAUUUUGUGAUCUACGUGUGGACCACCAACACCACACACCCCAUGUGGAUGGCCCAAGCAAGGUAGGUAGGAGUAAGAGAAUGGCAUCACCAACCUCAACUCGACACACAACAAGCAGGAGCACCUAGCAGGCAUCCAGGAGGAUGGGUGCAGUCGUACGGAUCGUACCAACUACCAACCGCCCAACGGAUCUGCUAUAUAACUGUUUACCUAGAUGGAUGGGUACGUCGUACGGAUCGUACCAACCGCGCGCACUCAGCGCCCGGUGUUCUCCCAUCCCAUGGAGUCCGGGGAGGUGAAGGCCGAGCAGCGGCAGCGGCAGCCGCCCGUGACGCCGAAGAAGCGCAAGCUGCCGAAGCCGGAGAAGUCCGCGCAGGCGAACGGCGGAAGCUCCAGCUCGGCCGCCGAGUCGUCCCCGCCGAGUAGAACGUCGUCGUCGUCACCUCCGAGCAACGACGCUGACGGCAAGGGUCUGCAGCAGCAGCAGCAACAAGGCGGCGGAGGCGGGAAGAGGCCGAGGCUCGUGUGGACUGACGAACUGCACGACUUGUUUGUGAAAGCAUACGACAGCCUUGGGGAUGAGGCUGUGCCAAGGAGAAUAUUGGAGAAGAUGAACGAGAAGAUGAACGUUCCUGAAGUUAGCAGAGAGAAAGUUGCAAGCCAUCUCCAGAAACAUAAAUUACAUCUGAGACGUCUAGCUGAAGAGGCUGCUUCAAGUCAUUCCUCCCCUACCGAAGAAGCACCGGCGGCGCCCUCCCAUCCUCUGCGUUCCCUUCCUCCGAACACAACUCCUUUGGCAGCAGAGGUGUCUCAGGCACAGCUAGAGCUUCUCCAGGUACUCCAGACACCGCCGCCAGAUUGUUUGAGCAGAAGCAGCAGCAGCAUCGCAACAAACCUUCAGAUUGUACAGUCGAUCCAGCAGCAGCUCCUCGGACCUCCCAUCAAGGAACAACAAGCAAAGCCUGCUCAAACGAUGCAGAGAGCUCCUGCUGAUUCAGGCUCCUCUCCCGCAGCAAUCUUGGUUCCUGAGGCCAACACAGAGGCUGUGACAUGCAUGGCGCAGGCUGCCAAGGCUGAAAACGCCGCGGAAGCAGAAAAAGCGGCUCCUACUCCUGGCAGCAUCCUUGCACAAUUCUGGGCGAGCCCAGAUAACGAAGGUUCUUCCACUUGUUCAUGGGACAUCUUCGGGCUCUCGCACGGGACGUAACGGAAUAUAUAGCAGGGCGUGUGCGUCUGUGCCAACGGCGGAAGUUGUGUUAAGCAAGCGGUAAUAAUGACUAAUAAGAAGGUUUUCUUCAUGGACAGGGCCUCGGUUUGCUUUUGGUUGGGCCUUUUCAUGUCGUGGACUCGUGGUCACGACAUUUUUUUCUAUAAGGACGUUGGUUAUGUUAUAUGUGGAGUCCAAUUAUAUAUAUUGACAUUUCUUACUAGUUGGAGAUCUUUUGUUUAAAUUGUAUUUUAUAUCUUGUUUUUCAUUUGCUUCACGUUUACCGUUAGGAAGGCUUGUGUCUUUUGAGAAUUUUGGGAUGUGAGAUGCACCUGAAGGUUUGCCUGUGAGACAGGGCCGGCCGUGGCUGAUCGAGUGCCGAAAGUGUUUAAGGUUCCCAAUCCCAAUCCCCAGAACAGAACUCCAUCCUGUGGUAUAUAUAUUCCUGUGCGCCGCGCGAUUGCCCCAGCUGGCGGGCGUCGUGGGCACCGCUAGCUGCCAGCGCUCGCACGCGGCCCAGCUCCAGCUCGAUUGGCAGGAGGGACGGAUGAUGAAGAACAAGUUUGGUAAGGAAGUGUGCAAGGACCAACAGAUGGAUGAAGCUAGGGGGCUGUGUUUUCGCUAGUACAGUACAGGCUAGAAAUAUUGCCAGACGACCGUCACAUGUAGCAGACUAGCAGUACCUGCUUUGGCUGCCUACCUGUGCUAGCUAGGCAAAGGCAAGCUCAUGCUUGAAAUCUAUGAAAAUCUUCUUAAUUACCAGGUACUGCAACACUUGUUAGUACAGUACUUCAGGGGCAUCAAAAUUAAUCUAUGCAAAGAUCAGGUCUUGGAGUACUAGACCGUAGUACGUAUUUGUGUGUAUGGGGCUGGGCAAUACUAAAAUGUUGCCUUGUUAACAAAAGUAGAUCGAGAUGCAUGCUAAUAACCUCCACAUUUUGUCCUCCUUCGAUUCAAUCACUAGAAACAUUUUCACUAUGGUUUGCACUUCGCACUUGUAUAUCAGGCAAAACUAUACAGAAGUACAGAACCUGUUACCCGCGGUGCAAAUAUAUAUGCACCAGACUUUGGAUUCCAAACAUGCCACUAAUUCAUAACAUAGUAUAAGACUUCGGUGCAAA